UCAUUUUAUUUUGUGAUGCUACAAAGGAGUGCUGUUCUUAUCAAUUUUAAUUUUGCUAUUUCAAAAACAUUUUCUCAUUUUUAUUUAGCAGCCGUUGAUAGACUAAUAAUCUUUGUUUAAUCGGAUAUUUUAUCAUUUAAAAUUUCGCGGGUGUAAACGUCACCGUUAUCAUAUCUACUAUAAUGGCGUAACAGCAACCUUUGCCAACCUCUAGCUGUUUAUCGUACUUCAAAGACAGGUUACUGUGAAUCAGUAUCAAGUUGAAAGUGUAUGGUACACCGCAUACCUGAUUAAUUCAAAUCUUUUAAUUAGAACAAAAGAUUACUGUUACAGUGAAAUGAUAGUGUCGAAGUUUGCGAAAAACGGACCCGCCGCCUUUCAGGCGGGAAAAUGUAUUGCAAGGGCAUUAUCCACCCAAAAAAAAUAUGUGGAGAUCACGGAAAGAAAUGGGGUCAGAACCAUCCGAUUAAGCGAUCCUUCAACGCGCAACUCGCUAUCGUUGGAGAUGUUAAAGUGCUUAGUAGGAGAGAUUAAGAGAGACGAGAGUAACAAGAAUCUUCGGUCCAUCGUGUUGACAUCCGAGCCGGGCAAGGUGUUUUCCGCCGGGCAUAAUCUCAAAGAACUGACAGCUACAAGCGAUAAAUCGCAUAAGGACGUGUUUGAGACAUGCUCGGACCUAAUGCGAGCCAUCAGUCAGAGCCCCGUGCCGGUGAUCGCGGCGGUGGACGGUUUGGCAGCCGCAGCGGGUUGUCAAUUAGUCGCAGCGUGUGACAUCGCGGUCUGCACAGAAAGGAGUUCGUUCUCCACACCUGGGGCGAAUGUGGGAAUAUUUUGUUCGACACCGGGUAUACCGUUGGUGCGCAACGUACCGAGGAAGAACGCGAUGUACAUGCUGUUUACAGGAUUUCCUAUCUCUGGCGAAGAAGCUUACGAAUGUGGUCUCGUCAGCAAAGUCGUAGCAGAUGAUAAACUUGACGAAGAGAUCCGCCGAAUUACAGAUGCCAUUAACAUGAAAAGCCGCUCAGUCGUUCACAUUGGUAAAACGUUCCUAUAUAAGCAAAUGGAUCUUGAUAUAGAGACGGCGUAUCUUCUGGGCACUGAGAGAAUGGUGAACAAUCUGAAAAUGAAAGACGCGCAGGAAGGAAUACGAAGUUUCGUGGAAAAGAGGAAGCCAAAUUGGUCGCAUGAUUACGAGGAUAAUUAAUUACAUCGAGUUGCGUACGAUUUUAGUUUGUACUUUGUACUCGUUAUAAGAAAAUUAUCAAACAAUUAUUACAUUUCAUUAUUUUUGUACACGUGAAACUUUUUAUGAUUGGUUUUAAUUACUAUGUCUAUGUAAUAUGAUUUUAAUACUAAUAUACUUAAUAAUAAAAA